AUGGGGAGGAGAAGGAACUGUCCCUCCUCUCCUUCCCCCCAAAGAGGCCAGAAAGAUGGCAGUGGAAGGGACCCCUUUUUUUCCUGGCCUCAGGGAGGGAUGUAUCUAUUUAUUAUCUGAUUUCUAUGCAGUUUCCAUCUCCCUGAAACUCUCUAUGCAGCAUAAGGGACCCCCCCCCCCCAAAUGUCCCCCUUCUCCCCCGGGUUUCUCUUCCUCCCAAGGAAAUCAGGAGAGGCCCCCUUUGCUUUCCCUCAAUGGAAAAGAAGCCCUUGCGAUGCCCGGCAGAAAGAGAGAGAGAGAAAGAUGGGGAGAAGGAUGGGUUCUACUUCUGCCCUGCUGUAUUUCUGUUUGUUCUUUAAAUGCGCCUGUGAAGACCUUCCAGAUGCGGAGGGAGUCUGAGAGAGCAAAAGCCUGUUGGGAAAUGAUCAAUACAGAGUUAGAAAAAAGAUUCAAUCUAAGAAUACAAAUGGACCCAACUUUUUCUUUGCUGAACAUAAUAGACGACGCCGACCUGGAGAGAAAACGUGACAAAAUAAGAUUUUACAUGACUGUUGCAGCUAGAAUGGAAAAGGAAAAUCCAACCUUAGAUGAAUGGAAGCUUAAAUUAUAUGACAUGAUGAUCUCUGACAAGCUUACAUCUUCAUUGAGAGAUGGCAGCAAUAAGAAGUUUGUAGAGGAGCCGACUCCACUAGACAGAUAUCUUGGUUGAAAUAUGAUUUGAGAAAAUGAUCAUGAUUUAUUCACGUAAACUAUAUCAACAAAAAAGGGGAAAAUAAGAUAGACUAUUUGGUAAUUUUCAGCAAUCUAUAGAGAGCAAUUAAGUAAGACGACUGCAAAUAAUUAACUUAAAACAAGCUGUAAAAGAUUUGUAUAUAAAUAAGUAUGAAUGAGAGGUGAGAAGAAAUAAGUAAUUACUGUUGAAGAUAUUAGCUAUGAUAUGAUUACAAAAAACAAUCAAAUUAAGAGGCUUUAUACUAUGGGAAGUCAUAAAUGAAGGAAAACGAAGAAAAGAUAUUCAAAAUAAGGGACAGGAAGGCAUUUUAUGUUGGUUCUAAAUGUUGUUUGUUUUUCUGUAUUUUUGGUGACUUAUUUUUUGGGUGCGUUGAAGAUUUUGGGUAUAUCAAGUAUAUAAAUGUUUACUGUCUGUUCCCCCCCCCCUUAUGUAUGUUUUUUUGAAACUCAGUAGAAAAGUUUAAUAAAAAACCCAGACCCAUGGAAGCCCAAGGGCUUUUCCAGCAUCUUGGGGGCGUGCGUUGUGCGUAUGCCAAGCCACUGAGCAGCUGGCCCCUGGCUGCCAUCUUGUACCCACGUUCCUGGGAGCAAAGGCCCCACCAGCUCUAUUACCACAGAAGACUCUCUGUGGGAUUUGAGGUGACAGACAAACAGCCCCCCUUCUGAAACUGGAAGCACAUACGUAGAUUUGGAAGAAGAAUAAAAUCAGGAAGAUGGAAAACCAUUAAUCUAUAUAUUUUAUUUGCCAGCCAUCAGAUGCAGGUGCAGAAUAUCUAUUAAAGGCAGGAAACCUAAGUGAGGAGAAAGGCAAAAGUCUUACCUAUCCUCCAUCUCUUCCUCCUAAAGGAUGUGCCAAGCCUCCAGUUACCAAUUGCAUGCCGACUCAGGUUCCCUCCCUUUGCAGUCUGGGGCAGGUCAGGGGCAGAAGGAGUCCAUCGAAGAGCAUCAUUUCUCCUUCUUUCGCUCUACAAAUCCAGGUGCAGCUGUGACACCAGAGGGGCUAAUCCGGAUCCUCUCUUCUCUGGGGCAGAGGGAAAGAGCUGCCAGACUACCACCUCCCUGACCUUUGAGGCUGCAAGUAGAUCUCAAGAAAACCAAGAUGUUUGAGCAGAGCAUCUUAGGGACAUCUUUACCCUGAGACAGCCAGAGGAGGAAUAAUUUUGGUCCUAGUUGUGGUUUCAUUGGUAUAAAAAAUUUCAACAGAUGGAUGAAGCAGUCUCAGCUGAUCCUGAAGGAGGAAAAGGUCAUGAUGGCCUCAGUGCUGAGAGCAGUGGGAGAUUCUGGGAGAGGACAGCCCAGAAGUCUCUGGACAAGGACCUUGUCAGCUCAGACACACAGUGCCAACGGUUCAGGCAGUUCUCCUACGAAGAGGGCAAGGGGCCCCGAGAGGUUUGCAGCCGACUCCACCAUCUCUGCUGUCAGUGGCUGAAGCCAGAGCAACACACAAAAAAUGAGAUCCUGGACCUGGUGAUCUUGGAGCAGUUCCUGAGCAUCUUGCCCCCAGAGAUAGAGAACUGGGCCAGGGAAUGUGGGGCAGAGACCUGUUCCCAGGCAGUGGCCCUGGCAGAGGGUUUUCUCCUGAGUCAGGCAGAAGCAGAGAAGAAGGCGAAAGAGCAGCAGGUGAAGAAUCUCUUGGCAGAAGCCCACUCUGAACUCUCUGUGGCUGAGAAGUCUCCAUUGGACCCCAGGCAGAGUUCCCAUUGGAGGACCAUCCAGCAGGAGUAUGAUGGAGGGCCCCCUUUGCAAGAGGCUGGAAUGAUCCCAUCAACAAGGACUCAGUCGCCUCUCCCUCUUUGCGGUGAACCACAACCAGAUCAGGGCCUAGUGACUUUUGAGGAGGUGGCUGUGUCUUUCUCCCAGGAGGAGUGGGCCCUGUUGGAUCCUGACCAGAGAACCCUGCACAGAAAGAUCAUGGCAGAGAUCAGUGGGAUCAUGGCCUCUCUUGUGGUGGGAUUGCGUGCUUCUGUGAGGCAAGAGUCUGUGAGGCUGAUGGAGCACAGUGAUAGUAGGGUCAAAGACUUUUGCUGA